CCUGACCCCACUCCCGGAGCGCAUGGCCCGGAUGGGCGCGCUGCUCCUGGCCGCCGCCCUGGGCGCGCUGCUCAGCUUCGCGCUGCUGGCGGCCGCCGUGGCCAGCGACUACUGGUACGUCCUGGAGGUGGCGGACGCCGGCAACAGCACCGGGCGCGCCGCGCGGCUGUCCUCGCACUCGGGGCUCUGGCGCGUCUGCGAAGGGCAAAACAGCUGCAUCCCCCUGAUCGAUCCCUUUACCAGUGAGAACCUGGAUGUCCCCACCUCAGUGCAGCACCUCAUCUCCCUGCACCGAGCUGUCAUGGUGACCCUGCCCCUGAGCCUCGUCCUCGUCGUGUGUGGCUGGAUCUGCGGCCUCUUGGGCUCCCUGGUGCAGAGCGUGGUCCUCCUCUUCUUCACCGGCUGCUACUUCUUGUUAGGAGGUGCCCUGACCCUGGUAGGGGUCAGCGUCUACAUCAGCUACUCCCACCUGGCCUUCGCCGAGACCGCCCGCCCGUACGGCCCCCGGCACGUGCAGGACGUCCGCGUCAGCUUCGGCUGGUCUCUAGCCCUGGCCUGGGGCUUCUGCGCCUCCGAGGCGCUCAGUGGCUUCCUCCUGCUCACGGCAGCCCGAGCCCUCAGCCUCAGCCGGCAGCCAGGGCCUCCACUCUGUGGUCAUCUGAGUCCCAGAGGGGCCUCUGUCCUUGUCCUGGGGCGGCUGCUGCUUUUGCUGGACCCCAUCCUCUCAUCUGCAGCCCCCUGGGGAAUGUCUGUGACUGGGGGGGGCGGGGGGGGUGGGGGCGGGGCCCUGAAUAAGCAGAUGGGAAAGUCCUCGUAG